GUAUUUUUUUCCUUUUUUGGAAAGGUUUUUUUACACUUUUUAAAAACCAACACUAUCCUAUUUAUUCACUCCAUAAUACUUCGAUCAUGGAUUCUCGUAUCCUUUGUUUUGACCUGUCUGAAACUUUUCGUCUUUUUAUUAGGGUUUGACUCUGGGACGCGCGCUUCUUCCCUUGAUUGGGUACGUUUUCCUCCCUUCUGCUUCUAUCAGCAAUGAUGAUGAUCUUUCUCACUCUCCGUGCCACUGAUCCUUUUACUCGCAAUGCAUCAAUUCUCAUUACGAAAUCUUUAAAUUAAUGAAUUCUGUAAUGUGAUUUCGAUCAUGCAUUGUGCGAUUUUUUAACAAGAAUUUGAUGUAAAUUGGGGUUCUUUUUUUAUUUAGGAUGAAUGCAUAGACAGUAAAAUGGAUAUAAACAGAUACGGUUUUCAACAGCUUUCCAACAUUCAAGAAAAUCAGGCUAUUGGAAACGUUUCAAGUUCGCUUAAAAUCUGUAAUACUAAUUCAAGGUUGCAUUUUUGUGAUAGCAAGAGUGAUUGCAGCAAGGACUGGGAAGUCACCCCCAAAGAUGAAUUGAUUGGCCAAAGACUCAUGCAUGCAGGAUCUAUGAAAAGGGGCAAACAACUAGUUGACUAUGUGCCUGGCAUGGGUGGCCAGUUGACUAAUCAAAUGCAGCAAGGCUCUUAUUAUCGAUAUCAAAAUGUUGAUGAUUUUAAUUUUCAUUCAGUUGCCACCUUUUCUCCUUACUGCAAACCAACACUCACGGGCAUGUCCGUGAAAGAUACAUUCAAAGAGAAUACCGAGAAUUUUAGUUUAGAGUGCUUGGUAGCAGCUGAUCCAAACGCUGACUUGCAUCAAUCAUGCAUGAUUGACAAUGUGUAUGACAUUGAAGGGUCCUCAUUGAAUGGCCACAGGAGUGGCUUUACAUCUAUUAGACGGGAUGGAAAUACCAUGGUUCAUGUAAAUCACAUCCCCAAUGAGAUUAUUCCUUCUCCAGAACCAAUCUCAUCGGUGACCGCAUGCUCUGAUGGAGAUUGGAAUAUUGAUAUGGACGCCUUUGACAGUCAACAUACUUUCUCUGAGAAGAACACUCUACGAGAUGCUCUUAAAUCAGCACCAGGCAACAAACCUCAACAUACUGCACAAAACAUCUAUAGUGUCGACGUUCCGCCAUUGAUUAGGCGCAAUAUGGGAUUAUCUGAUUUAAAUGUUGUCAAUAUUCGGGAACAGGAUUCAAAUCAUUUUUCUCCACCAUUGGUUAUAUCUGGUACUGUUGUUGAUCAGGCCAGAUUGAAUAAUGAGUAUUUGUUUCCUCCACAGCUUCAGAUGGGUGGCUUUGUACAUUCUGAUCGGUAUUCUCAUUCUAUUCUGCUCAACGAGCCAUCUGAUUUGAGGUCUCAAGGGUUUAUAGCAAAAGAAGAAGCAUCUCACUGGAAUGUAUCCAGCCAAAAGUCCUUGAAUGCAAUCAGCUUAGAGAAACCAGAUAGUGCUCCGCAAUUGAAGCUAUCUGGGGUUGGUUAUGCUCCAGAUGUGCACCCUAAUUUUUUCCUAAGUGGAACUUCACAGACUUCAGAUUUUGGCCAUUUAUCUUCACAUCAAGUUCUAGGUUUAUAUGUCAAGUAUAACGCUCUUACAAUGAGUUUUGGGAACGAGCAGAGACCUUUUCUGAACUCUCUGCAUUCAUUAGUUUGCAAUGGCACAAUAUGCAAUUGUCACCAGUAUCAUUUGCUUAUAUCUCAUUUUGAAAGCUGUAGCGAUAGUAAUUGUAGUGUUUGCAAGCCUGUCAGGUAUGAUGCAGUUAUGCACCCAGUUGGCCCAAUCAGCACAGAAACUGUGAAAGCAAAGACUGGUCUCAUACGAACCCUCCAUGAUAGAGAUUUUAAUGACAUGAGUUCUUGCAGGGAAGAUACGCCUUACAAACGAACAAGAUUGGGAAAUGCUUUUAUGCCUGAAAAUAUUGAUACAGUUUCACAGUCAGUAUAUCAAUGCUGUGAUACUCUAUCACAUUUGGCCUCUUGUAAAUCACAUGAAGCUCCUCUUCACGUUAAGGGAGAUCUUACAGAGAUGAAUAAGAGACCUACAAACUCCAAAGAAGAUCCCAAUGCAGUUGAGGAUGAUGGUCAGAAAUCACUCCCUAGACAUGCUUCUUUGUCGCGUGAGGAGGUUUACAAUGAGGAAGGUUCAACAGAGAUGAAUAAAGUACUUGUAAAUGUCGUAGGAGAUCCAGGUGGGAGUUAUGCUACAGAUGAUGCUCCGAAAUCGCACGUUGGCCCUAGUUCUUGCAUAUCUAGUGACCACAAUGGUAAUGCAAGUGGAGCUUUGAAUGACAAUAUUUACAACUCUCCAGGAGUGAGUUCUGAUGGAAUGCAUGCUCUCCUGGAUGAAUCUGCUCAUGGUAAAGAAGAUCACUCUAAAAGUUCCAGACCAGGAGUCAAACAUAAUUCAAAUGAUUCUGCAGUCCGACAUUUGUUCAGAAUAAAGUCGAACAAUCCAAAGAGGCUGGGCGUGUCUUUUGUUGACUUUUUCACUGCUGAUCAAAUAACAAAGCACAUUUGUAGUCUCAGAGUACAGUUUGGGAAGGGAUCAGUAGUGGAUGCUAAUGCUCGCUGUACCAUUGAGAAUACAUGCCAGUUGUGUGGCACUGAUAAACUUGUAUUCAUCCCAGUUCCUAUAUAUUGCUCAUCGUGUGGUGGCCGUAUCAAGCGCAAUUUGGUAUUCUAUUAUUGGUUGCUGGAGGAAACAAAAAGUCGAUAUUGUUUUUGCACUCUAUGCUUUAAAGCAUCUCGUGGUGGCAACAUCUCAUUCCUUGGCCUAUCUAUUCCCAAGUCAAAUCUUCAGAAGGGAAAGAACAAUGAUGAAAAUGAAGAAUCAUGGGUGCAGUGCGACAAGUGCGAAUGCUGGCAGCAUCAGAUAUGUGCUCUCUACAAUGCUAAAAAGGAUUUGGAAGGUAAAGCAAAGUAUACAUGUCCUUAUUGCCGAUUAAGGGAGAUCGAAUCUGGAGUGCAUGCACCUUCCCCUCCCAUUGGAGCACGGGAUCUUCCAAGGACCAAAUUGAGUGACCAUAUUGAAGCCAGACUGUCCAGACUCCUUGAGCAAGACAAAAAAGAGAGGGCAAAGCUAUUAGGAAAGAGUCUGGAUGAGAUUCCAGCAGUUUCAGAUCUUGCUGUCAGGGUAGUAUUAUCUGUCAACAAGCAACUCAAAGUCAAGCAGCAUUUUUUGGAUAUAUUUCACAACCAUGAUUACCCUGUAGAGUUUCAAUACAGGUCAAAGGUGAUUCUCUUGUUCCAGAAUAUUGAAGGAGUAGAUGUAUGUCUCUUUGCAAUGUACGUCCAAGAGUUUGGAUCAGAAUGUGGUGAGCCAAAUAGAAGAUGCGUCUAUGUUUCAUAUCUGGACUCGGUCAAGUAUUUCAGACCUGAGAUACAAACUGCAACAGGGGAAGCUCUUCGAACCUUUGUAUAUCACGAAAUACUGAUUGGGUACCUUGAAUACUGCAAGAAACGGGGUUUCGCGACCUGUUAUAUAUGGGCUUGCCCGCCUGUGAAAGGGGAAGAUUACAUAUUGUAUUGCCACCCAGAUUCUCAGAAAACACCUAAGUCAGACAAGCUUCGCCAAUGGUAUAGGUCAAUGCUGAAGAAAGCAUCAAAAGAAAAUAUUGUGAUUAGUUUCACUAAUUUCUACGACCACUUCUUUGUUCCAAAUGUGGAGUCUAACGCCAAGAUUUCAGCUGCUCGUUUACCAUACUUUGAUGGAGACUAUUGGUCAGGUGCUGCAGAGGAUACAAUAAGGAACAUUGAUAAAGAUGAUAAAGGAGGAUCUACUAGUAAAGUUAAGAAAACUAUGACAAAGAGGGCUUUUAGAGCGAUGGGGUAUAGUGAUCUUUCUGCCGAAGCAGCAAAAGAUGUAACUGUUAUGCAAAAGCUGGGGCAAGCCAUUCUUCCUGUUAAGGAAGACUUUAUUAUCGUAAACCUACAAUUCAAGUGUACGAAGUGCGAAAAAGUAAUAUCUGGAGUUAGGUGGCACUGUAACCAAUGCAGAAGUUUUGAACUAUGCACAAGUUGUGUUCUUAAGAAUCAAGACAUCAAUGGGCAGAAGGAACACACUUCCUCUACUGGGGAGAAACAUUUUCUUACACAGACCUCUGCGGAUGCCAUACCUGCUGACACUGAAGAUAAUGAUGCCAUUAUAGAUAAUGAUUUCUUUGAGCACAGGCACUCUUUCUUGUGCUUCUGUCAAGAAAACCAUUAUCAGUUUGAAUCUCUCCGGCGUGCUAAGCACUCGUCAAUGAUGAUAUUGUACCAUCUCUACAAAAGUAUACAUUGUUUAUCUAGUGAAGGUUCUGAUUCCCAUCUUCAACAAGCUGGCUUGCAGAUCCAAUUACUGGAUUUAGUAGUCCAUGCAUCACGGUGCCGUGCCACCAAGAGUGACCCGUGUCCAUUUCCAGACUGCAAUAAAAUCAGGCAGAUUUUCCAUCACGCGCAUGGAUGUACCAUUCGAAUAUCUGGAGGUUGUAACAUUUGUAACAAAAUAUGGUUGCUUCUACGUAUGCAUGCACGCAAGUGUGAAGAUUCAAGCUGUUUAGUUCCGCGUUGCAGGGAUCUUAAGAGGCAUGCAGAAAAGAAUGCAUUGCAAUCCAAUGUUCGUCAAAGGCAAACGGUGGAAGGGAGAGAGUCAGCCUGCUAAAGAAGUUUUGAUGACUCUUCCCAAGUGUAGUGUGUAUAUCAAAAAAUUGUUAGAUCUUCUUCAACAAAUGUACAGUGGAACAGUGUCCUCAGCAAGCAAUCGGUUGGAGCUGACAUGCAAAAAAGUUUUGUGGAUGUUUUUCUUGGGGUAUAUAAAACAAUGGAAAACAACGUCAUUGGCUUCAGCUUGGCUGAAGAUUAUGAUAGUUUAGGAAGUUAGGUCUUGGGUGGCCGACAUAAUUUAGUUAGAGGAUAUUAUUGUCAUUUAGAUAGAUUAAAUAUAUCAAGUUUUUUAUUUAUUAUAGCUGUCAAAAUACUUGGAUAUCUCACUUGUGUAUAUUUAGUUUGAUGAAAUCUUAACUUGUAGGAUUUUAUUCGGAAUAAAUGGUUAUACUCAUAUUUGAAUGAGUCAUAA